CGCCACUGUCAUACAGAUACAGCACACUAGCUAACACCAACUUGCACAUCACAGCCGUCAUGGAUAAGGCCUAUGUCGCCGCCCUCUCCGUCGCCUUCCUCUUCUUGGUCCACUACCUCGUGGGCCGCGCCGCCGCCGGCGGCGGCAAGGGGAGGAAGCGGCUGCCACCGAGCCCUCUGGCCAUCCCGUUCCUCGGCCACCUCCACCUCGUCAAGACGCCGUUCCACUCGGCGCUGGGCCGCCUCGCGGAGCGCCACGGCCCGGUGUUCUCCCUGCGCAUGGGGUGCCGCCGCGCGGUGGUCGUGUCCUCGCCGGAGUGCGCCAGGGCGUGCUUCACGGAGCACGACAUGAGCUUCGCCAACCGCCCGCGCUUCGAGUCCAUGCGCCUCGUGUCCUUCGACGGCGCCAUGCUCUCGGUGUCCAGCUACGGGCCCUACUGGCGCACCCUCCGCCGCGUCGCCGCCGUGCAGCUCCUCUCCGCGCACCGCGUCGCCUGCAUGUCCCCCGUCAUCUGCGCCGAGGUGCGCGCCAUGGUGCGCCGGAUGGCUCGCCUAGCCGCGGGCGGCGCCGCGCGCGUCCAGCUCAGGCGGCGCCUGUUCGAGCUCUCCCUCGGCGUGCUCAUGGAGACCAUCGCGCGGACCAAGACCUCCCGCUCCGAGGCUUGCGCCGCCGACACUGACGUGUCGCCCGAGGCGAGCGAGUUGACGCGGAUCUCCGAAGAGAUCAUGCCGUACCUCGGCACGGCCAACCUGUGGGACUACCUGCCGUUCCUGCGGUGGUUCGACGUGUUCGGCGUGAGGAACAAGCUCAUGGCCGCCGUGAGGUGGAGGGACGCGUUCCUGCGGCGGCUCAUCGACGCAGAGCGCCGGAGGAUGGACGGUGACGGCGACGGCGAGAAGAAGAGCAUGAUCGCCGUGCUGCUCUCUUUGCAGAAGUCGGAGCCGGAGCUGUACACGGAUACCAUGAUCAUGGCGCUGUGCGGGGACUUGUUUGGCGCCGGGACGGAGACCACAUCGGUCACGACAGAAUGGGCCAUGUCGCUUCUUCUGAGCCACCCGGAGGCUCUGAAGAAGGCACAGGCAGAGAUCGACGCGGUGGUGGGCAACUCCCGCCGCCUGAUCACCGCCGACGACGUGCCCCGCCUCGGCUACCUGCACUGCGUCAUCAACGAGACCCUGCGCAUGUACCCGGCCGCUCCGCUGCUGCUGCCGCACGAGUCGGCGGCGGACUGCAAGGUCGGCGGCUACGACGUGCCCCGCGGGACGCUGCUGAUCGUGAACGCGUACGCCAUCCACAGGGACCCCGCGGUGUGGGAGGACCCGGGCAGCUUCUUGCCGGAGCGGUUCGAGGACGGCAAGGCCGAGGGGCGGCUGCUGAUGCCGUUCGGGAUGGGGCGGCGCAAGUGCCCCGGCGAGACGCUCGCGCUGCGGACCGUCGGGCUGGUGCUUGCCACGCUGCUCCAGUGCUUCGACUGGGACACGGUUGAUGGAGCUGAGGUUGACAUGACGGAGAGCGGCGGGCUGACCAUGCCCCGGGCCGUCCCGUUGGAGGCCAUGUGCAAGCCUCGUGCAGCUAUGUGCGAUGUUCUUCGGGAGCUCUAAUAUUCUGGCACAUCCUAGGUUCUCGCUCUAUAGGUGAAAGUUUCAUAUGUAGUUUCGUAGAAGUAUGCAUGUCUGAUGGUCUGCGCUGAACUAAGUACAUUAUCAUCUAGUACAAAAUAUCGUACAUAUACCCGCAUAUAUGUAAACAACUAGUACUCAAUUAGUACUAGUCGUUGUUUCCC